AACAACUUCCCAAUCCUUAUUUAUUUAAUAUAAAUUCCUUUCCCUUAGACUAAAAUGGUUUCUUUCACUUCUAUCUCUCAAAGCGCCAACAUUUUGAUUUUGGCAUCAUGCUUAUUGAUUGGUUCUUCUCAUGCUGCUCCUGUUGCUGGCAACAGCUCAGCUAAUCACACCGUUUCUGCUCUCGACACUCUUCCCCCUAUCAUCUCAAGCCGUACUCAAGCUGUCAAGGUUCCCAGCGGAAAUCAUGAUGUUGAAAGUGCAAACAUUGAAAAGAACAAGGAAUGGUAUGCUGCUCACGGUGGUACCUACAAGUUCGAUAAGCGUGACUCCAGCACCAUUGCUGGAAUGACCAUGUCAACUCCUAAUGAUGCUCCCCCAGUUACUCUCUUGGCUGCUACCAGUGGUAUUACUGCCGCUACCUCUGCUCAAGUUGCCACCUUCAAGAAGUAUGCUGGUAUUGCUGCUACUGCUUACUGUGAUGCUGUCACUUCCUCCAAGACUUGGACUUGCACUCAAUGUAAGGCCUUUGCUUCUGAUGGUAAGGUCAUAACUUCUUUUAAUGUUGGUGCCGAUACUGUUGGUUUUGUCAUGAGAAGUGAUGCUGAUAAGACCAUCUACUUGGCAUUCCGUGGUAGCAAGACUCUCUCUAACUGGGUUACUAACUUAAACUUUGGUUUGACCAACUACACACCUGUAUCUGGUACCAAGGUCCACACAGGUUUCUACAAUGCUGCCAAGAGUGCUGUUUCCUCUUACUUCUCCACUAUUCAAGGUCAACUCACUUCUUACCCUGACUACAAGGUCGUUGUCACUGGUCACUCUCUUGGUGGUGCUUUGGCUCUGCUCGCUGGUAUGGAUCUCUACCAACGUGAAUCUCGUCUCAACAAGUCUAAUCUUUUCAUCUACACCGCUGGUUGUCCUCGUGUCGGUAAUCCUGCCUUCGCUUACUAUGUUCAGGGCACUGGUAUUACCGUCUCUCGUUCUGUGAACGAAAGAGAUAUUGUUCCUCACAUCCCUCCAGCUUCAUUCGAUUUCCUCCACCCUGGUGUUGAAGCAUGGACCAAGAGCGCCGGCAAUGUUCAAAUCUGUACCUCCACUGUUGAAUCCGACUCUUGCUCCAACACCAUUGUUCCCUUCACAAGCAUUGAUGACCACUUGACCUACUAUGGUAUUAACGAAGGUGGUUGCAAAUAAUUUAUAAUAUAGCGGCUGUGCCAAGAAACCCAGAAUCAACUCAUUUAAUAAAGUCAUUGUUAC